GACGGCUCUUCUCUCUCUGUCUGAUGUUAGUGUAUUGUAUAAUGUUCGGCCUAUAGGUAGGCGACGAGGCGCGCUCGACGACAGACAAGAGUAGGACGAUCGACUCCGAAACUCGAGACUCUUGCCUGCAGCUGUAUAAUAACGCGCGAGUCGGCUGCAUGCAUCAGCAUGCAAUGAGGUAGAUUGAUUUGUGCGCCGUGCGAGCUCUCUCGCAGCGAUCACAGGCAGCGAGUUCCGUGAACAACAACAACAACGUGCUUGCGGACCAGUGAGAAUCGCGCCAUAUACCCAACACACACACGGCACACGCAGUCAGAGGGCCAACCGCUAGGGACGAAAUUGUCAUAGAGGGCAGAAAUUCGCAUAGAGAGGGAGAGAUCAGCAAGCGCGGAAAAAAGGAGUUUUCGGCGAUUUACGAAGAGACGAGACCGAAGAAGCUAUGGCCAAACAUAGACGGGCUCAGUUGUUCUGCUAGGCACUCUGUGCGAUUAUCAAACUGGCUCGGACAAUAACAAACUCUCACAGCCGAAAGCGCUCGCUGCUGCAGCGUUUGACCUUUGGAUAGCUGCAGCGCGAAGAGCUGCAUCGCGAUCAUCGUCGCGGCUGCUGUUCCAUCAUCGAUAACGGCGACCAGGGCUUUUUCUUGCGCGCACUAGGCCCUCGCUCCGUCUCUCUGCAGUCCCGGAUUGACGGCGAUUUGCCAUUCUUCGACGACAAAAUAAUCGCGCUCGUGCCCCCACGAGCCCGCAGUUGCACACACGGUCACGAGACACACUCCGAAUUUUUCCGUCGUAUUAUGAUCCAAGCACGAGGAUGCCUUUGUUUGUUUAUUUUUGUUUUCCUGGCGAACGUCGUCCGGAUUCUCCCAACCCUUCACGGCCAAAAUCAUGCAUUUGUCCAGGAUGAUAAUGAUGUGCAGUAUCUUCUUGAUAGCUUACCAGUGUCAAUACAUAAGGCUUUUGGUGAUUCAGUUCAUGGAACUGGGGAUGCUAUUGACGAAAAUGGUAUUCAAAGUUCACUAGCACAUAUUGAAUUCGAACCAAAUGUGCUUGAUUUUAAAGAAAGACAACUUGGUGUACCACAUCAACAAACUGUUACAUUAUUUAACAGAGAUGAUAAUCGUACUAUUCAUCUCUCUUCAAUCACUGGUCUCACGCAACAUUUUCACUCAUCUUUUUUUCAAGAUAAAGUAAUACCUCCAUUAGGUAAUACAACAUUUAGUGUAGUAUUUUUAGGCAGAGAAGAAGGAGAAAUUGAUAGUUAUCUCUUUAUACAUACGUCAGAUGGAACACUUAAAUACCAAGUCAAAGGUACAAGCGUGAGUAGUCCUUACAGAUUGCAACCUGUCUUAGGUGUGAAACUACCUAUAAAUGCAUCAUUUACUCCUCUGAUAUACAUGCAUAAUCCUUAUUCAGAGCCUAUGCAGGUUACAGAAAUAUACAGUAGUGGUGUAGAAUUCGAUUUGGGACUUCCUAAUGGACAGACAGAAGGUCCUCGUGAAUUAUGGGAAAUUCUUCCUUACCAAACUAAACCUAUAAUAAGGUUACAUUUUAAUGCAUACACUGAAAAAAACCAUACUGCAUAUAUAAGGUUCAGGAGUAAUAAAAGUGCAGAAGUUCUGAUUGUGGCUGUGGAAAUUGAAGUUAGUAGUGGAGCUGGUCUUCAUUGGGGUGAUAACUCUGGAUUAGUAAAUUUUGGCAUGGGCGGAUCUCAUCAAUCACCAACUACUUAUCAAAUAGCUUUGAAAAAUUCUGCCAAAAAACCAAUUAAAGUUCAAAAUAUUGUUAGUACUCCAUCAUCCAAAGCAUUAAAAGUAAAUUUUGAACCUAUUGUGAUACCAGGGGAAACAGAAACUCCAAUGGUUGUCGGAACGCUUGUGUAUGAUUGGAAAACUGGAUUACAAGAUAAACAUUUUAGAGGAAAAUUAUUAAUCAAAGGAAUUGGACCGGGUGGUUCUAGUCAAAAACUUGCGAUACCCUGGGUGGUAGAAGUUUUGCAAGGGGGCUUGGAAGUGAACACUUCUGCUGCUCAUUACUGUUCGCCACAUUCAAAUCGACCACGAAAUUUCAGCGUUGUUAAUAAAUUUAAACUGCCUCUAGCUAUUACAAAUGUAUCACUCUCGUCUGAUGCCGCACCUUUAUUUAAAAUAAGUAACUUUAUCCCUAAGGUUCUGAAAUCUGGUCAGAGAGAUGAUAUUUUUACUUUGGCCAUGAAAAACGACAAACUGCAUGACGAUUUACAAUUAGAGUCCUCAAUACUCAUCCAAACAAAUGUUUCGACUACAGAAAUCCCAUUAUUAAGUUAUAAUGGAAAGUUACAUAAAAUAAUACCUGGUGAAAAAGAAAGUGACAAAGGUACCUUGAAUUUCGGUACAAUCAGUAGCGGAACAGAAAAUGAAAGUAUAUUUGCUCUUGAAAAUCAAAAUCCAGUUAGUAUAGAUCUUCAUGGUUGGGGAGUAAACAUACCCGGUGCUGUAUUAGAACUGAUGGGCUGUCAAAGUGGACCUACUACAUUAUUUAAUAAAGGAGUACGCAACAUAAGUUCAUGUAGUGUUACAUCAAACCAAAGCAUAAAACCACGAUAUUUAGCUAUUUUCAAAAUAAAAGUGAACACACCUCAAGUUGAAGAAGAUGCGAUCAUUGGAGAUGUUUUCAUAAAAACAAAUUAUGAAAAAUUAACCAUCCCUGUUUAUAUGAGGGUUGCUGAUGGAAGAAUAGCCGUACAAACGUUGACUUUCACAGAUUGCUUUCCUGGUACAGUAUGUCUGCAGGAAGUAAAUGUCCAUUCAACAUUUGCACAACCUAUGGAAGUAACACUUGUAUCCUCGCUAAACAAAGAUGAUAGAGUAAAAUAUGUUCCUCUAAACGAAACAUCCAACUCAGUUAUUUCUAAAGGAGACAAUUAUAUAGGUUCUAUUAUGAUUGAUCCUUUAGUCUCAUGUAAUGAUAACUGUUAUAUUGGAUUACCUUUGAAUAGUAGCGCUGGUAAACAAUGGUUAAACACCAUUAGCCUACCCUCACAUACCCGAGAUUCUGAUUUGAACCUGUUAAAUACUCUGUAUUCUCGAUUUUCAAAUACUACAAGCGUUAAUUCUUGGGAAAACAUUACGAUGCAAUUAGAUACAAGUGAAGUUCGAGGACACAAAUUUUCUGUCGAUUUGAAACCAGCAUGGCCGAGUCUUUUAGUUGGAAUGGAUGAAACUAAAAAUAAGAGUGUGCUUGCUUUUCCAUUGACUCAGGUUGGAAAUACGACGUACAAAAAUAUCACUCUGCACAAUCCAACAAUGCACGUAUUAAUUGUUCACUUGGUUAUGGAUUGGACAUAUCCUCAAGGCUCGAGGCUUUUUCAAUUUCUACCUGAUACAUUCAAACCGGGUUGUCCUGAUUGUCCGGGCGCGGUUCAAGGAGAAUUUAAACUCAGUGAAGAUGCUUUAGAGGAGAGAGAAAGAUUUGAAGAGCAGUGGGGUAUCGGUUCAGCUGCCCAUUCAUUACCUUUACUUCUAAAAGCUAAUGAAACAAGGAAUGUGAGGCUUUCUUAUACCCCUAGUGCAGAUACAAGUUCAUCUGCAUUACUUUAUUUACGCAACAAUAUGACGAUCUUAGAGGUGAUACGAUUAGUUGGUCAAGGAGCUUACGCACAUUUUAAAUUCGAAAAUCGACAGUCUGAUUCCGAAGCACCGUUAUUAUUUGAGCUUACUGACCAGCAGUUAAAAGCUUGUGAAAAUGUUGAGGGAGCUGAGGUAUUAGCUAGCCUCACAGUUCGACGUUCCUUUCAAGCUCGUAAUACUGGUCAAUUACCUAUCGAAGUGUCAGGUUUUGCUGUGAAUGGUAUUGAUUGCGGCGGCUACGGUUUUCAUGUGAUUGACUGCAAGCAUUUUCGCCUCGAACCCAACACUUCGCGUCGAAUUGACAUCACCUACACGUCAGAUUUAAGCUUGGCCUACGUUGAACGUGAGCUGCAACUUCACACGAGUUUAGCACCUGAUGAGGCAGGUCUCGUACGAGUUCCAAUGUUGGCGAGUUUACCAUCAAAUCGCGUCGAGGCAUGCAGUCAAAAGAUUCCGCGACCUACGUGGGAGCCGACAAUGAACUUAUUAGGAACAAUACUUUGUUUCAUAACAAUCGGAGGUGCUAUGACAUUUGGAACUAUGGAAGCUGACAGACGCCUCCGAGAAGCUCUCAAUGCUAUAGCUCAUCCUGGCCCUUUGCAACCGACUUUAGACUUGCGCCUCAUAGGAGCUAAUGCUGAUAAGUCAUCUACACAAAAAUCAUCGCCGCAAGCUUCACAAGGUCGAAGCAACGCACUCAGUAGACGAUCGCAAGAACCUGAUAAGAACUCACAACCAGUAGUUCGGGCUAAGAACAGUCCUGUAUCCAGUUCUAAUAAACGUAAUCUGUCGACAGAAGUGCGUCAAAAUGGCUCGAAAGCUAAACCCAAAUUGAAACAAGUGUCUCGACCUCAGAAUUCAGAGGAAGAAACGUCUUCCAUAACGACUGAAUGUUCACUACUAGAUGAACGUGCUUCUUUUAAGGAUACAGAAAAUGUCGGGGAAAAGUUUGUUAAGGGACAGAAAAAAAAUACAAAUAAAAAAUCGAAGCCACAAACUUCAAUUCCUCCUGUGCCUACAGUAGAUUUUAAAGAAAAUUUCGAGUUAAAUGGCGAUGGUGAAUAUCUUAAAAAAGACAGUCCAGAAAAUCAAAACAAAUGGAAAAUAAAUUCAAAUCGUUCCACGAACAAACUAACACAACAACAAACGACAAUUAGUACGGUGUCACGUCCUAUUUCCGAGCCAGCCAGUAAACUUACUCGUCAAAAGUCAAAUCCAUCGAAAAAAGAUAAACUAUUGCCAAGCAAAAAAAACCAAGAAAAAGCUCAAACCAAAAACGAUAACAAAGAUGUCAUUUCUGAAAAAUCGAUUCACCUCGAAUCUCCAAUGGAAAUUGGGCCUCGAGUAUCUGUAACAUCUUUAACAAAUGGAUUAUCGAUAAAAAAAGACGAAUUGAAGUCAACUGCAUCUGUUUUACCAAAUACAUCUAUAUUUACAGCUACAGCUGUAUUACCAGCUACGUCUCUAUUGUCAUCUACAUCUAUAGUACCAACUGCAUCUGUAUUGCCAGUUACGUCUGUAUUGCCAGCCACAUUUGCAUUACCAACUACAUCUCCAACAUCGUUAGCUCCAUUGCCUCCACUAUCACGUUGGGAGAACAGAGCUAAAUUCAGUGAUGUAGUUGCUCGUAAUCCAGAUAACUCUAAUACUUUUGCAAAUAAUUGCAAUCUUACAAAAGUCAGUCAAUCUUACAAAAAUGCUAUUUCGAGUCCUACGAGUUUUGGUACUGAAGUUCCUUUUACAAAUGGUCUCACGAAACGAAAUCCACCUCAAGAAUUUUUGUUUAACGGGAAUCAAGUUAAUUCAAAAUCUCUGCUUGGUGACAAAAAUGGCAUUUCCUGCCAAUUGAAUUUAGUGCCUCCCCAAGAUGGUACUCAAUUGAAUAAUUAUUUUUCAAAUGCUUGUAAUUCUCUAUCGGCGGCAGAACCCGAACUUAUUCCAUUCGAUUUUACCGACGCAGACGAACCUCGUUUUGAGCUAGAAAAUGCCUCUGAUAAUAAUACUAAUGAUAUUUGGCGUGACAAUAGUAUCAUUAAUAACAUAAACGACAAUCCAUCAUCUCAAUUUCAAGCACAAUCACUUACUUCAGAAAAUGUAUCAAACGCAACAGAAUCUCUUCAAGUUCCAGACAACUGGUCAAAUGUAGACACGAAUUGGCAACCUCAAUAUCCCCGUGCGGCAGUUGGAGAAGGAAGAAGCGGUGCAUCAGGCAACAAUCCUGAGAGAGUGUGGUCCACAUCUUGGGGAGAUCCAGCAGCGCCUUAUGCCCAAUCUCCUGUAAUUCGACCCGUUCAAAUAAAUCUUGAAGAACAAGAGGGUUUUGAUCCUUUCCGGUCUUUAAGUUCAAUAUGGACUCCAAAUUCAACUGAACCUUGGAUUGUUAGACCGAACCAAGAAUGACCAUCUGCAAAAGAGUUCCUGUCCGAUCAAAAAAUUUUUGCUUAGAAAAUUUUUCAUUACAAUGUCCUAAGAGUGAAGCACUAAAUGUUUGUGAUAACAAAUACUUAAUAAUCUUUUUUUCCUCGUGAUUUUGGAAAUAUUUAAAAAUUACUUAAUGUACUUCAAAAGUUUGAAGUAUUAAUUUACAAUCCAACUUUUUUUUUCAUAUCCAAUGAAAGCACACAUUAAAAAAAUAAUGAAAAUUGAA